GCCGCCGCCGCCACCAGCACCGGCUUGGUGCAUCGUUUCAUUUGUAUCACCAUGGCUCACUCGUGCCGAAAGCCAGCACAGCUUAUCUUCGAUUCUGACAUCGGGGAAUGAUGGAGGCUAUUUGAAAUCGACUACGAACACAAUAAUCAUAAUGAACCAGAUGCUGUCAAGACUUCCCUUCUACUAAACCUGGCGGGACCCGAGGCCAUGAUGAGAGAGCGGACCUUUGACUACACCCCAGCCAUUCUCGAUGCCAACAAUCAGGUAGUUGUACCUGCUGAGACUAUGCAUGACCCUACUGUUUUACUGCGUAAAUUCCGUGAACUAUGCGACCUACCCUCAAACCGUAUUUUAGAAAGAGCAAAAUUCUUCGCGAGACACCAGCUUCCCGGCGAGCCCGUGGAAAGAUUUAUUUGCGACUUGAAAUAUACGGCUCAGCGAUGCCGCUUCAAAGUCAUGUCAAACGAAUUAAUCAGUGGAAAGCUUGUCAGUGGUAUGACCGAUCAAAACUAAGGACUGAGUUACUGCAGAAUGCUGAUUUAACCCUUGAACAAGCAGUGCACGCCUGCCGAACGUCUGUGAUUGUGGUUCCAUUAAUUGACCAGUUUGACACUCAGAAGAAGACCAUAAACCUGACUGGUUUCAACAGACGACCAACACCAACAGAUAACAGAAGAUUCAUGAAUGAACCACCACAACAGGUUAACCGGGGAUUCACCAAUGAGCCCCCUCAAAGAUGCCCGAAAUGUAACUAUUUCCACAACAAGGGACGAUUGUUUUGUCUAGCGAACGACAAGUCUUAUAACUACUGCAAAAAGGUGAAUCACUUUGCUGUUGUCUGCAGGUCCUGUGGGAACAGAUCCUCCAGCUCAGCGUCUAAUCUGCACCUGUUGCAACAAAACCAAACAAUUCAAGACUCACAGGACCAGCUUGAUUCUGCCCACGAGGAUGAUCCAAUUAGCACAUAUGACAAACUUGGCAAGCUGCCUGUGACCUACAAGAUCAUUGACCCCAACAUCGAUCCAGCCGUCUGUGCUCCCCACCGUGUGCCACAUGCCGUGCGAGACAGAAUUGAGACUGAACUAAAAAACAUGGUCUCCGUGGGCGUACUAGCUGAAAUCAGUGAGCCCACAGACUGCGUCUCCACCAUGGUUGUCACCUUUAAGAAAGAAAAAAAAGAGCUCCGUGUGUGCAUUAAUCCAAAAGAUUUGAACACUGCCAUCAAGCGACCGCAUUAUCCGAUGAGAACUGUCAAGGACGUCGCUGCAUAA